CUAUAAACGCCAAAAACCCUGCCCCCAAACCCCAUCAAAGACUCCCCAAAAAAGGAAAAAGAAAAGAAAAAUCACCAAAAAGAUGAGACUUUUAACCCACAACAUGCUGGCAAGCAACAUCAAGGGCGUAACCAGCGGGUACCCCCUCAGGAUCGAGGCCCAUCAGUCCGCCGCCAAGGAAGCCGACUUCAACGCCGACUUCCUCCGCAACGUCUUCCCCAAGAUCGACUGGCCCGCCCUCGUCUCCGCCGCCAAAACCCUGGGCUACGGCGAUCUCCCCGAGGAGGCCGAGCCCUCGAUGCUGGAGUCCGAUGAGUUUCUUCGCCGAUUUCACCACGCGCUGCUCGAGGUUCACGUCGAGGAGGGGGCGCUGGUUUGCCCCGAGACCGGGAGGAGGUUUCCUGUGAACAAGGGGAUCCCUAACAUGCUGCUUCACGAGGACGAGGUCUGAUUUUGGGGGAGGGUUUGGGUCUCUUUAGGGUUUUGAUUGUGGGUUUGAUGAUUUAGAUGGGAUUUUGAUGUUGCUGGUGUUUUUUUUUACUUUGUUUUCGGUGACGAGGUGUUAUUAAUAGAUUGUUCCUAGUUUUCUUCUUG